AUGGGUUCUACAGCUGCAAGCGGGACGAUGCUCAACCCACGAAGCUCUUUCUCGCGAGUUGCCUUGCUCACACUCGUUUGUCUCGUUCUUUUCUUCUACACUUUUCGUUCCACGACCACUAAAAACCGAAUUGAACCGUUCGAAACGGAAACGGAAGUAAUCUAUGUGCAGAAUAGCAACCAAAGCCGUCCUCUGGAUUGCACGCUAAACGCAACCCACCUCCAGUUAUUACAGUGGCGUUACGGCCUUGGGGAGAACGUCGACUACGGACGACGGUACAUACGAUUUCAUCGCGACAACAUCGCACGAGCGUCAAUGACCAAAAUUGAUAAUGACCUAUUUCCGAAGGGUUUCGAUACGAUUAAGGUCAACAACCCCCCUAUGAGCACUGCUUGUCCAAAGCCGCUGGACGUUCCGGUUGCAAGAUCGCCAUAUCCCAGCACUGUGGAUGCUUCUAAUCUUCUCUUCGGCAUAUCCACCACCUUCCAAAGGCUCAGUAACCCAAAGACGGGUCCCAUCACCGAAUGGUCACACUGGUUGACGAAUGGAAAUGGAAAGUCCAAUGGAGCUGGUUUGGUCUUAUGUCUGGUGGAUGCAACAAAUGCUGAAAUCGAAGCAACAAGACAAAUGAUGAAGGAGAUGGGCAUGGACGUUAAAGUGUUCCCCUCUGACAGCUCGAUCGAAAUGGCGAAGCGGUAUCUGUCGCUCCUCCCAGCACUCUACCAGGAGUCAGAGCACAAGAAACGGAAAUACCUCGUCAUGUGCGACGACGAUACCUUCUUCCCCUCCAUGCACCGCCUCCUCAACCUUCUCACUACUUACAACCACACCACUGAUCUCUACAUGGGUACAUUCUCCGAGGAUAUCAACAACAUCGAACGCCACGGGUCCCAAGCCUUCGGCGGUGCAGGCGUCUUCUUCUCCGUUCCGCUUGCCAAGAAAAUAUCCUCCUUCUUCUCGCAGUGCAGCACACGCCAGAAAAUCCAAGAAUCAGACACAGGCUGGGGACCCCAAGGCGACAUCCUGCUCCGAAAAUGCAUCUACGAAAACACCGAGGUCCGCCUCACACUGCUGCGUGAUCUCCACCAACUCGACAUUGUGGGCGACCCGGCUGGAUUCUACGAAUCUGGCAUUGCGCCGCUUUCCCUCCAUCACUUCAAAGGUGGCAUGUGGCAUGAAGCACAUCCGUAUGAAGGUGCGCAAAUCAUGCAUGCUUGCGGCGAAGACUGUUUCCUGCAGCGAUUUCAAACGAGGGAUAAUUACAUCAUCUCAAACGGUUUCUCUGUCGCUCACUACCCGAAAGGAAUUGACUUCAGUGUUCAUCAGAUGGAGCGGACAUUUGGUGCAGCGCCUGACGAUUAUGGUUGGAAUAUGGACUUUAUGUUAGGGCCGGGAAGGAAGAGUUUGAUUCAGACUGGGAGGAAGGCGAGCUGGGAGUUAAAGGAGAGUAGAGUCGAGGAGGAUGGGAGCGUCAGACAGACUUAUAUUCGGAAGGGCGAUGAUUGGCGGUGGAGCUUUGAGCAGGGUGGGAAGGGGUGGAGGAUGUAUGAUAAGGAUGGGGUUGUGGAGUUAAUUUGGAUUUCGUGAGCAUUGCGUCAACCGCAGCAUCUCUUUUGUUGGUCUCAGAUGGAAAAGGGCCAAGGAUAUGGGUUUGGGUAUCCUUUUUGGGCAAAGGUAUUGGGGACUGACCAAUAGCAGUGCAUACAUACUGGCAUGAGGGACGGGCGUUGGAUCGCAUGGCAUUGGAUUGUCUCUUUGGACAUGUAAACGACAUGGAACCUUCUUGUAUAUAAAUAUCUUGGUUCAGGUUUUGAGAGCAAGAUGGAGAGCAGAUGAGCUUCAAGGGCAUUGCAUAGCCUAGAAAUGGGUAUAUUGUAUAAGC